GCGACGACUGUCUACAGAUGUGGUAACAGAUUGAGACCUAUGUAUGGCUAGAGGAUGGUUAGUACUUCGCUCAACCCGAUUCCUGGUACUAGGACUCUGUCUGUGUUCUAUCAUUAUAAUUUACAUCUCGUCAUGUUCACUACAAGAUGGCCAGACAAUAACACAGAAGGAAUCCAAUAUAUCAUGUCAGAAAGAUCAUGACAACAAAUCAUGGGGUCGUCACAAACUAGCAAUACUAGUUCCUUUUAGAGACAGAUUGGAAGAAUUAUUAGAGUUUGCACCAUACAUACAUCGUUACCUUAAUCAUCAGAAAAUAAGACAUGAUAUAUAUGUAAUUAACCAGAUUGAUGAAUAUAGAUUUAAUCGAGCUUCCCUGAUAAAUGUUGGAUUUCUAGAAAGUAAUACAAAUUGUGAUUAUAUAGCCAUGCAUGAUGUUGACCUUGUACCUGUUACUGAUGGGCUCCCAUAUACUUACCCAGUGGAGGGACCAGUCCAUGUAGCAUCACCAGAACUACAUCCUAUAUACCAUUACAAAAAGUUUGUGGGAGGCAUUCUAUUGUUCAAUAGAUUUCAUUUUAUCAAGAUAAAUGGAAUGUCUAAUAGAUACUGGGGCUGGGGGAGAGAAGACGAUGAACUGUAUGUUAGAAUUAAAAAGGCUGGGUUAAAUGUGACAAGACCUCAAGGGAUAACAACUGGAUACAAGACAUUCAAACAUAUCCACAACAAAAUCAAAAGACCAAGAGAUAACAAAAGAUACUUUAAUCAAACAAUACUAACAGGUCGCCUAGACAAAGAGACAGGUGUCACUAAUGUUAGAUACAAGAUAGACAGUAAAACUAAGAUGGUCAUAGAGGGAGCACCUGUUACCUUCAUCAAUGUCCAAUUAGAAUGUAACACUGCAUUAACACCUUGGUGUCUGAAGCCUGAAGAUCAGGUAGAACUCAGGAGGAAGCUUGGAUUACCAAUGCCAAAGUUCAAGUGAAAUUCAUGGACAGUAGAAAUUCUUAGCAGUCUUUAUUAAAAGAAGUUGAAAUUAAGAAAAAAAUUGAAAUCCUGUUUAUUAAAAUCCACCACUUGACUUGACUAUGAAUUGAAAUCUUAAUAAUUUGAAUAUGUUUUUCAAAUUUCAGUUUUUAUAAUUAUUUAUUUUAUUAUUAAGACUGUUGUUAUAUUAUCCAAGAUUGACAUGUGAUACUUAUUUUUAAGGAUCACAUAUUUAAAAUUGAUGCAAAAGAGUUGCGAUCAAACAUAAUUUGAACAAGAACAAGGCAGAUGUGGGCAUUGUUAUUCACUGUUUCAGAAAACAGUGCUUCCUGGGUAAUAUUUGAUAAAAAUGUUAACCAAAGUAUUAUGAUUUGUUUAGAAAUGUUCUACAAAUGAAGAAAGAACGAUGAAAUUAUUAUUACCCAUAAUCCUUCACAUUCUGAAAUGUUGUAUUGUUAUUACUUAUAUAUGUGUUCUUAUUCUGUGAUAUUAUAAGUAACAAAUAUUGUUUAUAUUUAUAUAAUUGGUGAUGUUAAAAUAGUAAAUAUUAAUUUUGAGCUUUAAUUGUUUUGAGAAUACUUUAUUAUAGUACCUCUACAUGGAUAUUAUUUUUAAUCUAUUAUAUGACCACAAAGUUGUCAGCAUUAUGUUUGUAUGGGGUGGUCAUUAAGAAAUCAACAGAGGGAUCCAUUCAAACAUAAAUUUACCCUCCGGCUUUUAAAAAGGCUAAAGCUGUUAAUGAUUUUGAUAAAGGAAUAAUUUUUUUCAGAUUAAAUUUUUUUUUUUUUUAAUUUUGUAUAAAAAAAACACAACAAAUAUUAUUAGCAGGUGCUGUCAAUAAUUAGUGGUUAGCAGACAGGUGAAAAAAAUACCUAAUUGCCAAAAAGUGUAUAGUACCAGAAAUUGGUCUCUCUUAUCAAAUUUUCCACUUGUAAUCAACUGACAACUUCAGAUUAUUAAAAUACAAAAGUUUAAGAGUAAACUGAGAUAUGAACAGGGGAACAUAAUCUAUUAUGAUGUUUCAUGAUUAAUUUUACUGCCAAAGACCAAUUAUUAUACAAUGCUGUCAGUUAUUUACUUGUGAAUCUUUAAGUUAUUUUGAUUUAGCAAUUCAUACCAAAAAUUCACCAUUUUGUAAAUGUUGUUAUGUAGUUUUGUAAUGAACACAUUCUAAAAAAAUUGUAAAUGAUAUUCAUUAUAUUGACAUUUUUGUUGUUAGGUGGUUAUUACAUUGUCAUAAACUCAUAUUCUCCAUUUAAUCAUUGAAAGGGUCAUAUUAGUCAAAUCUCAAAACCUCCAAAGGGGUAAAUAUUUCAUAACAAAUUUGUUUUUUUAGGAGAUCAACCAAACAUGCUGAAGCAUCAUUUUGUGUUCCAUUGAUUAGGCUACUUACUAUUUGUAAUAACCACAUUAACACUAGUUUCAUAUUUCAUAUUGGUGUAAUCAUUUAGUUUCAUUUUGGUUGUAGGUAAAUAAAAGUAGUGAUUUCAUCAUUUUCAAUACACUUUUAAUGAGUCUCAUUACCAAGCAAUAUAUAUCUGUGUUUUGUUGGCACCACAUUUCAAAUGAAAAAUUGUGUCAUGCCAAAUCACUUCUAGAUUCAUUU